CUGACACGCACAAUAAUGUGCGGCAGAGGUGGAGCAAAUGUAUCGCUCUGGCUCCUUAUAAGCCUGAUGGUCGCACACCACAUCUGGAACUUUGUUGGGCUUAGUUGGAAUUGGGCGGGCUUAGAACCCAUGCAAACCUCCUCAGUAUUCUUAGCUGCGAAGCCUGCCUCGGCUCCGAUUCGCGUGAGGUCGCUGUACACAAGUCGGACACCCAGCACCGCUAACGAUCCGAAUUCCAUGGCAGCGGCUGCUCCUAAGUGGGCUCAGAAGACCAUAACUCUGCCUCCCCAGAGGAGGGGCUGCCAUCUCAUCACCCCUAAGAUAGUGAAGGAAAUUGGGCAAGAUCUGUCAGAGUUCAGGUGUGGCCUUGCCCAUCUCUUCUUGCAGCACACUAGUGCUUCUCUUACUAUCAAUGAGAAUUAUGACUCUGAUGUUCGGGAUGAUACCGAGACAUUCCUCAACAGGAUAGUUCCAGAGGGAAGAUCUGCGCCUUGGAAGCAUACAAUUGAAGGCCCGGAUGACAUGCCAGCACAUAUCAAAUCGUCGAUGUUUGGCUGCACGCUGACGGUUCCAAUUACAAAUGGACAGCUUAACAUGGGAACCUGGCAGGGGAUAUGGCUGUGUGAGCACCGCGACGACGCCACUCCGCGCAAAGUUGUGGUUACCCUCAAUGGAAUAUAAGAGGCUCUAAGCUCCAGAGAUUUCUGUUUCAUUUAGUUUUAUGUUUACGUAAACAACAAUUAAGUAAAGUUGUGGUUACCCUCAAUGGAAUAUAAGGCUCUAAACUCCAGAGAUUUCUGUUUCAUUUAGUUUUAUGUGUACGUAAACAACAAUGUACUUAAUUGUGUAAUCAUGACCACAUGUUUGUCUA